CGGGAGGAGAGGCGGGGGAGGGGAGGCGGCGGCACCGAGCCGGGCGCGGGGCAGAGGCUCCCCCGCUCCGCCCUCAGCGGCAGCGCCCGCCGCUCUCGCUCCCCUCCGCGUCUCCCCCGUGCCCUCGGCGGGGAAGCGGGGCUCCGCCCGGGCCCGCAUCCGUGACGCGUAGGGGGAGGGCCUCGGGCCGCGCCGGGCCUCGGGCCUUGUAGGCCGCAGUUCGGCGUGAGGCGGCCGGGCCGGGCCGCCCCCCCCCCGCGCUCAAGAUGUCGGCGCAGGCCCAGAUGCGCGCCAUGCUGGACCAGCUCAUGGGCACGUCCCGGGACGGUGACACGACCCGCCAGAGAAUCAAAUUCAGUGAUGACAGAGUGUGUAAGAGUCACCUUCUCAACUGCUGCCCUCAUGAUGUCCUCUCUGGAACUAGAAUGGACCUUGGAGAAUGUCUGAAGGUGCAUGACCUGGCGUUAAGGGCAGACUAUGAAAUAGCAUCCAAAGAUCAAGAUUUCUUCUUUGAACUUGAUGCAAUGGACCAUCUGCAGUCAUUUAUUGCAGACUGUGACAGGAGAACAGAAGUGGCUAAGAAAAGAUUAGCAGAAACCCAAGAAGAGAUCAGUGCUGAAGUUGCAGCUAAAGCUGAACGAGUUCAUGAAUUGAAUGAAGAAAUUGGGAAACUACUGGCCAAAGUAGAACAGCUGGGAGCUGAUGGAAAUGUGGAAGAAUCUCAAAAAGUAAUGGAUGAAGUGGAGAAGGCCCGGGUAAAGAAGAGAGAAGCUGAAGAGGUAUACAGAAAUUCUAUGCCUGCCUCUAGCUUUCAGCAGCAGAAGCUACGGGUUUGUGAAGUGUGUUCGGCCUACCUUGGUCUUCAUGACAAUGACCGACGUCUUGCUGACCACUUUGGAGGAAAGCUGCAUUUAGGAUUUAUUGAAAUAAGAGAGAAGCUUGAGGAACUCAGGAGGAUUGUGGCUGAUAAACAGGAGAAACGAAACCAGGAGCGCCUGAAACGUAGAGAGGAGAGGGAAAGAGAAGAAAGGGAGAAGCUGAGAAGGUCAAGAUCCCACAGCAAACAUACCAAAAGAUCUAGGUCCCGAGAUCGCCGCAGACAUCGGUCUCGCUCAGCCUCCCGGGAACGAAAGAGGAGAACUCGCUCCAAGUCCCGUGAGAAACGCCAUCGCCACAGGUCUCGCUCUAACAGCCGCAGCCGGAGUCGCAGCCAUCAUAGAAGCAGGCAUAGUUCCAGGGAGAGAAGCCGAGAACGCAGCUCCAAAAAGCGAUCCUCAAAAGAAAGAUCUUCGAGAGACAAAGAACGUUCAAGAGAUCGUGAUAGAACAUCACGUGAUAAAGAUAGAAGCUCAAGAGAGAGGUCACCGCGAGAUUUCAAAGACAAGAAACGUUCUUAUGAAAGUGCUAAUGGCCGAUCAGAAGACCCGAGGAGCUCAGAAGAGCGUGAAGCAGGGGAGAUAUAACUGGCUGUGUAUAUUCAUCUGAUCUCUAGCUUCCUAUGGAGUUGCAUACUAUGGUUUAGUUUACAGUUGUUCAAAGGGACACCAGUGAGCAGUUUGAGACACUGAUCCAACUAUAGGGUAGAUGUACAGUAUAUAAAAGUGGUUAUAACUAAGUCCGAAUUAAACCCCAUUGAUUAAUGAUGCCUAAAGCUGGGUCCUGGACUUCCACCAAGUUGUAAAACUUUCCUGAAAGAUUUCUCUUUAUUCAGGACAACAGUUUUAUGUACCAAGAUGCAGAUCUUAAUGUUUUUAAUCUCCUUUCCAAUACAAGUUAGUGAACAAAUUAUAUUGUACUACUUGCCUUGGGUGCUUUUGAACCUUUAUAAAUUCUCCAAUUCUGCUCCAGUCAAAACAGCAGCAUUGAAAGGUUGUACUUUGGGGGAAAUUUUUUUGUUUGCUUUUUUGUAAGAGGGUGGGUGGAUGGAUAUUAACUUUUCUUCUAACGUUAUGUUCCCAGUGAUUUUUUUUGUUGUUGUUUGGGAACCUAGGAGUUGAUUACAGUGGGAGCAUUUAGACAGGAAUGUGUGCUGGAGAAAGCUGAAAUGUCUUUUUACAGUGCCUAUUUAGACUUGGAAAUUGAACAGCUGUUGCAUUACAUCUUUUUUUAUUUCUACUUUUGAAAUCAAAGCCAGUCCCGUAUCUGUACCACUUGAUUGGUAUGUGUUCAAUAUAUUUGUUUUUUUUUCCAUAAGGACUCUCUGCUUUUUCUUGUGGGGUGUAAAUGGCACAUCCUUAAUUGUAUUAAAACAAAGCAAACAGCAGCAACAAACAAAAACUUAAGAACAAAAAUAAAAAAAAUAAAAAGGAAAACCACAU